AUGAUAAACAAGCCGUAUCACUACACCCGAAACAAUGGUUUGGAUUUCAUAUGUUUUAUCGUGCCGAAAGCAGAAACGUUGACAAGACUGCAGAUACUGUGGAUGACUUUCACCGUUGAAGUUUGGCUGUGUGUGGCCGUCACGUACGCGUUGAUGACCAAGUCUUUUCAGCUUUUUAACAAAUUGAAUUUGUCUGGCGGAAGGAAAAUAUCCGAUCCGUUUAUGACUAGCCUUCAGGUUGUUUUGGGCAUGGGCGUUUGUAGUUUGCCAAAACAUGUGGCCGGGCGUAUAUUUUUCGUAUCAUGUUCAGUGGCUUGUUUCGUUAUGGUAAUUUUAUUUCAGGCAUCAAUGGUGACCAAGUUGAGCACAGAAACCAGUCAUAAAGAGAUCGACACAUUGGAAGAACUCGAUAAGAGUGGAAUGGAAAUCCGAACUUCGUUGCGUUACGUUCGGGAUGCCUUGGCGAUAUAUUCGACGACGAAAUCUCUUGCGAAUAAAAUAGAUUUAGAAAAAGAUAGACAAGGUUAUAUUGAGUCAAAAUUUGUUUUUAUUGCAAGAAUCAUGAAUUUGAGUCUUUCAAAGUAUUCAAAUUUUAUUGGGCAUUUUGGACAACAAGGUGUUGCAUUGCACAUAGUCAGGGAAUGUCCACUGAAAUAUUACCUGACUUAUGCAAUUGCAAUUAACUUUCCGUUUUUGGACGAGCUAAAUGAUCUUCUUACACGUUUUCAAGAAGCCGGAAUUACCUACAAGUGGAAAACAGAUAUUCAAAAGUUAGAAAUGGUUUAUUAUGAACCACUAAAUUCCAACUCAUCAAAAGGCUUAAAAGCGUAUUCAUUGAAUGAUUUGUGGUUUGCUUUUGUUUUCUUGUUCGUUGGCUACAUAUUGUCAUUGAUUGCGCUGAUGUUAGAAUUUAUUUUCAAAAAAUUAAAAAUAAGAAAAAAAAAUAAGAUCAUGACGUAG